AAAUUAUAUUCGUCCUGUUAUUCCGUUGUACACACGUGAUCUGAGUAAGAUAUAACAUUAUGUGUCCUCUCGCUUAAUUGUGAAGCUAAUCAUUUGAUAUUUCGCGCUUAUAAGGACGCCGGAUUCCGUUAUUGUCAGUAGUUCGCAAUAAUUCGCCAAGAAGAUAUUUGAUGCAAAAAUGAGUGCGACAAGCUUAAAGCUAUUAUUAAGCACCAUCUUAAUCACCAGCGUGAUGACAACUUUUACCGUCGAUGAAGAUCACGGAGAGUGUGAGUCCGCUUCACCUACAGAUAGUUUAGACGUUAAUGUAACGGAGCCAAAAGCCUAUGAUAUCAAAUUCGUCGUGAAACCGAAUUUCAAUGAAUUUUACGGUAUAUGCGGUAUCGCGCUUCAUGUUCAUCACGCGACGAGAACAAUACGUUUACAUGCUUAUAAAAUACGGCUAAGCUUGAGUGAUAUACAGCUCUCAAAAGUAAAUUCUACGGAGGCUGUCGUGCAACCAGUGCAAUAUCGUUAUUGUGAAAUAUCGCAGAUAUUAGAGUUGCAUUAUGAAAAAGAUAUUUUUCCUGGAGUAUAUUAUUUAAAAUUGUCUUUCGUUGCAUAUAUUAACGAUCUAUAUAAAGGGCUAAUACAAUAUCGAUACAUAACAAAGGAAGAGUUCCAGAGGUCGUUGAUAACGAAUCUUUUUCAACCAAUCGUGGCUCGAAGAGUGUUCCCGUGCUGGGAUGAACCAGGAAUAAAGACAUCCUUCAAUAUUUCGAUCGUGCAUCCUAACGGAUACACAGUUUUGUCGAACAUGGGAGAACUUACACACAAGUCUGAAUCUAAUAAUUUGAAUUGUACAAAAUUUGAUUUAACUCCUUUGAUAUCUCCUUCCGAAGUGGCGAUUGUUAUGUUUGACAAUACAAUCCGCAAAAUUGAAACUAGAUAUAAUUUCAUUUAUAUGGAAAAUGGAAGAAACAUAUGGCAUCUUCCACAUAAAAAUGAUGAGUUGAAAUUUGCAUAUUCUAUGAUUCAUGAAAUCAAGACGUCUAUGUCUAGAUAUACAUUAAGGCGUAGUGUAACUUCGAAAACCGAUUACAUCAUGAUUCCUCAUAGUCCAGCAAAGGCCACAGGAUCUUUUGGAAUCGUUAUUUGCAGAGAAGAAGAUUUUACGUAUUACGAAAAGCUUCAUUUCACCGGUCGCAAACUGGAAGUCUGGAAGUUACUUGCACGUCAAGAGACACGUCAGUGGUUCAGUGGACCUGUCACCCCAUCGUUGUCAUCUGACAUGUGGAUAACCGACUCAUUUGCGAUGUUCUUCAGUCAUUAUUAUACUAUGCAGCAUGAAUACAGCUCACUGUUAGAGGAUCUUUUCGUGGUCCAAGUUUUACAACCCACUCUCCACAAUGACAAAGCUUUACAAAUGAAACCUGUUGUACAUGAAGUCAACGUAUCCAAUGAAAUUGAUAUAAUCCUAUACUCUCGUUUGUAUCCUUACAAAGGAUCUAUUUUACUACGUAUGUUGCAACAUAUUCUUACCCCGAGGGCUUUUCGUCAGUGUGUCGCGAAAUAUGUGAAAGGAUUGAUGGAAAGAUCCAUAUCUCCCUUGAAUGAGAACUUUUGGAAGAUCCUACAAGAUACCUACGAUAUAAAAAGCGAAGCAUCCUUUAAUAUAUCAGAUACAAUGGAUGGUUGGUUACGGCAAAGACAUUAUCCUGAGUUGAACGUUUCUUGUGAUUAUAAUACAACCCGUAUUAAAGCAUCUUGUGAGAACGACACCAAGUGGCAUAUACCUAUAAGUAUUUACACUCAAUCAAAUCUAGAUUCUAACAGUAUUUCGGAUAUUACUUGGAUGCAAUGUCCCGGAAUUAAUGUCUUCCCUGGACUUCCUGAUAUCAAUUUCGUCAUAGUCAAUUUACAACAAAUUGGAUACUAUCGCGUCAAUUAUGAAGUUACGCUUUGGCAGAGGAUCGCGAGUUUUCUGCUGUAUGAGGAUUACAAAGCUAUACCUAUGCAGAAUCGAGCUCAACUCAUCGAUGAUGCGUACUAUUUUGUAAUGGAAGGCAAACUUCCUCUUUCUACGUUUUUAAAUCUUAUUAAAUAUCUAAGGCGAGAAACGCAUUAUAUACCUUGGUAUCCCAUGUUCAACAUUUUAUCGCACAUGUCCUCUUAUUUGGAGCUUCCAGUAGGUAGAUAUUUCAAAGCAUCCAUAUUGGAAAAUUUGGAUAGUCUUCUUAAGAAUAUAGGAUAUAAAGAAUUUCCUGGGGAUGAUGAGAUGACGAAAUCGUUGAGGUUAUUAGCAGCACGGUGGGCCUGCAAAUUCGGCCUUAAAGAGUGUUUAAAAGCCGCUACUGCUCAAUUGCAAGCAAAAGUUACAAAUUCUACGGAAAUUUUACCAUGGUGGAAGGACUGGGUAUAUUGUAUGGGUAUGAAGCAAUUACAUAUACAGGGUUGGCAUGCAUUGAUGACUGGAUUCUUUAAAAAUAAUGAAACAGAUGUAUUCAAAUAUUUGGCUUGUACUGAUCAUAGCAUUCUCGUGACAUAUUAUAUAAGUGUGCUUACAAAAGACGACAAUGUAUUUAAAGUGAUGGAUGACGAGAAACUCACUGAACAUUUCCGUUCCACUCUAAAAAGGCACUUGGGAAAAAAUGACGUGUUACGAUACGUUUUGCAGAAUAUUGAAAGUAUAUUAAAAAGAUUCUUUGGAAUAAGCAAUGCAACAACGCUAUGGGGUGAUAUCAUAUUAAGUCUCCCUCCUACCAAAUUGCAAAUGGCGGGAAAAUAUUUAAAAGACGUUCCGGAGAGUAUGGCACCAGAGAGAAGGAUAUUCGAGCAGUUAGUAAAGGCACGAAAGCAAGAAAUACAUUCUCUUACAAAUAAGUAUUUUUUUUAAAAUAGAUAAGAUCAAAAACAUCAACUUAGUCGAGGCGACAUGCGAAUUCACGACAUACUUAUAAAUAAGAUAAUUUAUUAUGUCUAUAUUUGUCCAAAUUAUUUCAUUACUUUUAAGAUUAAUCUUCUGAAGAUUGUGCGUGUAAUAUGUUUCCAUCUAUUUAUUUAUAUAUAUAUACAUAUAUCGAUUACAUAUUCAUAUAUACAUAUAAAACUACGAAAUACAUGUAUAUAAAUAUAUAUAAAUUCUGACUAUGUAUAUAUAUAAUGUACAUAUUUUAUAUAAUAUAUAUUUUUUAUGACUGUAUGAAUGUGUUACAUCAUUUGUAGCCGAAAUUGUAUAUGUCUGUGUUUCUUUUUCGUAUUAUAAGUAAAUAUGUGUAUAUUUUAUAAUAAGUUUGUUAUUAUUAUUUAAUAUGCAAUGCCAUUAUGGAUAAAAUAAAAAAAUUUUGUGAUCUAA